AUGACAGAAACUUACAGUGAGAUCACUCGGGCGGCGGGGAACAAAUACAGAAAAGAGUACAUCCUGGGUGGUGAGUUGCUGAGCACGGAUGAAGAAGACGUAUCUGGUCCCGCUUGUGAUACAACUCCAAAGAGGACCGAAAGGGGUAUCAAUGACGCGCCAGCCGAUACUGAUGGUGAAAGCCGGAGCAGCAGGUCAAUUUACCCCAUGCGCUCCCUUCCAGAAAUCUCUGUUUUCAGGGACCUCAUUAUUCAGCUACCCGCUUAUAAGUGGCUUCUGGGAAGUGUUCAAAAGGUGCUCUAUUUGAGUGUGCCGGAGGGCAAGCCUGUUGGCAUCCGAACAGCGAUUAUUGAGCAUCUGCCCAAGUCAAGGUGGAUUGACACGCCCCCACGACAUAGCCUGACACUUUCAACAAAAUGGGACCCGCGUUCAUUCUUAUUGGAGCAGGAAUACACCGAGGAACCGUACAAUGCACUGGGGCGAGCGAUUACCAUUACUGGAUGCAGUGUGGAUGCCCAGGCAAUCACAGCAGCACAAUACCUGGGCCAAGUAUGGCCGAGUACUGGUCAUCAUUUUCUUCGCAUUAUGAAAGAUGUUGUCAAGGACGAUUUCGAUACCCCAUGUACAUAUGAUCUGUCAGAUGGAACACAUAUUGCCGUGUUGCCGCGCGGCCCACAAUUCACAGUCGAAGUCAACGGCAUAGCAGAGUCCAUUGCAGAAAUUGGAGAACAGCUUGCGUGGCUGGCAGCGGCUUUUCGAUCGCCCAUCAACAAUGCCCAGGUCAACAUUGUCCGCGCAUCGCUGGGUGAAAUGUGGACGAGCCUGUCCCGUGAGCAGACUGUCGCUGGGUAUCCUAUUCCACGCAGGCCCAAAUACGGUGUUGGACUAGAGAUUGGGCUAGAUACUAUGGCGAGCCUUCUAUCGACAGACCGCAUUAGCGUCUUUGGAAAUAAAAUGUACAUCAAGGCGUUCGCGAUGAUGCUGUUUCCGACUCAGCACGUUGGUAAUAUCAUCGUGUGGCACCUUCUCUGGACAGACCGAGGUCGCCUCUCAUACCUUAAGAGCAAGGGUAUCCUCAAGGAGAAUCUCAGCAUAUCCGACUUGGAGUCUUGUCGGCAUAUUGUUGGGUGGAGCACGGAAGUUAGGUAUAUGAUAGGCUCUGGAGAUGCCAACUAUGAUAUUGGUCGAUCUUGGCUAAGGGGUGUCCAUGAGAACAGUCAGUUGAAGGAGGUCUCGAUAUCGCAAGGGCGUCUGAUCAAAUCUGAUCGGAAACCAGCGCUUGGAAACCAGGAUAUAUCGUCUCUGGUCACUCGUGGGACUAUGAGAGCUAAACUUGAAGCUUUAUCUAGGCGAUAUAUGGUGCUCUGGGACGUCGGGUCUAAGCGGGGGUGGUUGGUAAAUGGCCCCAGUGCCCUGCUUCAUCUCCUCCGUGCUUCACUGCGGUUUAACCAAGUCGACGACCUCUCCUUCGCAUUCCUCUUUGACCCAGCGACGUUUGAGGAAGCCAAAGCUCCUUAUACAGUCUCUGCAGCCUUGCAGGUGCUUAUGAACCCAAGGAAUCUUGACUUGGCGCUUUAUGAGGAUGAUUCCGAGGGGUGUUCCAAGCCUCAUUACUAUCGAGUUCGCGAUCGACUCAACGACCUGUACGAGGUAGUCGAAAAGAUGCUGGAUUAUCAAAUCAUGAUCUGUGGCAAAGACGGUGUGAAGCUCCGAGAUGUUCCCCGAAGGUAUCUCGAGGGUUGGGACUUCAAAGAUAUCGCCACGAAGGAAGACCCAAUCUAUCCCCGCCUUGCCAAGUUGAAGACGAUUGGUAAAGGUUGGGUGGAUUUUAUCCGCGCAACCCAGGCAGUGGUUUUGUUUGGCAGAGAUCUUGGGGAUCUGGUCGAACCCAGCGCGACAAACGACCUCUGUAGUCACUGGAGGACUUUGCCAUGUGAUAGGUAUUACUUGGCUUGUAUGGGAGACUUGAAGAGGAUAUUUGACCGCUCUGGACAUUUGCUAUUCAUGCAUUCGGGGCCCACGUCUUUUGUUUGGCAUCCUUCUGAACCGACAUUUAGUCCGAGGUGCCGUCACAUCGAAAAUGGGGAUCUUCCUUGUGAGCCCACGAGGACAGUAUGGCGAGAAUCCGCUUCGUUUUGGAAGCUGGAAAACACCACCUACACUGGAGCUGUGGUUUUCGGCCACAGUUCCCAGUCUGAAUGGAUCUGGAGGGACACAGGAGAACCCGAACGAGGAAGCCUUCCCCUCUCGGAUGAAGAAUCAGACGGCAAUGAUCAAGCUGAUAGCGGGCUCGGUUCGAGUCUCCGGUCGUCGGCGAUUCCCGAGCGUCAGAGGAGCAUAGAGGGACCAAAUCUCGCUGGAUUUACACACAAAGACUAUAGGGUCGCUAUCAUCUGCGCGCUCUCUAAGGAGCUACUUGCUGUGAGAGCUCUGUUUGACUGUUCUCAUGGUGACCUGCCGACAAACGAAAAUGGUACGAAUACAUAUGCCCUAGGCUCUAUGGGCAACCACAACGUCGUUGCUGCCUGUCUACCCAGUGAAGAAUACGGUACGAACGCUGCGUCGAAAGUCGCAUCAGAUAUAGAGAAAAGCUUCCCUGCAGUGAAGUGGCACUUUGUUGUUGGAGUCGGGGGAGGCGUGCCCUCGAGCGGGCAUGAUAUCCGCCUUGGUGAUGUAAUCGUCAGUACAAGUGUGAUUCAGCACGACAUGGGCCGGGCAAUGCAGGGCGGCAGCAGCUUUGAGAGCACUGCGCUCGCGCAAAGGCCAGCCAGGUCACUUAUGACGGCAGUAAGCUUGUUGCAGUCCGACCCGUACCAUACGCAUGAUUGCCUCGAGCCGCACAUCCAACAGAUAGUUAACUUACGCUCGGAAUACAAAGACCCUGGUCAAGACCACGACAGACUCUUCGAGCCGCACUACAAGCACGAACCUGGCCACAAAACAUGCACCAACUGCAGUGGCCCCGAGGUCAACAGAAAGCCUCGAUCCCCGGGACCCGCAUCCACUAUGGCCGUAUUGCCUCUGGAAACCAAGUGA